AUGACGACGGUCGACCCCUACUCCUCUUCUACGCCAGACCCGACAAUGGGAUCAAAGACACCCUUUGAGUUCCCGCGCGAAUACCACUUCCCACCCUUCUUUACGCGGCAGGUCAACACGACAACGCACCGCUCGCAGCUGGAAAAGUGGUCCUCGCUCGUGCAGGCCUACGGCAAGCACCACCGGCUCUUCAAGCUGUCGCUCUCGUCGCCCCAGGCCCAGGACCUGUUCCACAACCAGACGCUGGACCGCCGCCUGAGCCUCGCCGACGCCCGCGAGCUCGUCGAGUUCAUGCGCCAGGAGGGCCGCGCCGAGUGGAUCGGGAACCCAAAGGACGCCGAUGUUGCCUACCUCUACUGGCGCACCCCCGACGAGUGGGCCCGCGAGCUCGAGGAAUGGGCCGACGCCACGGGUCAGAAGAACGCCGUGCUCACUCUCUGGGAGCUGACCGAGGGCGAGGCCACGGUGGGCACCGACAUCCGCGGCCUCGACCAGGAGAUUCUUCAAAAGGCUCUGCAGGUACUGGUCAAGAGAGGCAAGGCUCAAAUAUUCGGGCACGGCGAUGAGCAGGGUGUCAAGUUCUUUUGA